GAAGAGAAGCCUUCGCCUCUCGCCUUCACGGGAGGAGAGGAGGAGGAGGAGGAGGGGGGCGAUCCGGGGAGGAGGCUGAUCGAGCAAGAGGAGUGCGAGGCGGUUGCUGCUUGCCUGCUUGCUUGCUUGCCUGCCUUCGGUCCCGUUCGUCGCCUCCCCCCGCAGCUUCUCCUGCACUCCGUGUUGGUUGGUUCGGAAUCGGCCGGUCGGUUGGUUGGUUGGUCCGAGCAAUCGCGAGCGAGGUCGGGGAUCGGAUCGCCGCCGGGGAUCGUCUCUUCUCCCGCUCCCCCCCGUGCGUUGAUCUGGACGCGGCGCGAUUUAUAGUCGCCCAGAUCACAAAUUUUUCCUCGUCAAACAUUCACAAGCUUUCUCAGAAGACUUUCUGAAACAUUCCGAAGGCUGCAUUAGGAGUAACAUUUUAACAUGAAGACCGACCGUUUAAUUUUGUCCAAUAUGGAUCAUGAUUUGGGAUACCUACACAAGUUCCCAUCAGAUUUUCCAAUGUCUCACGAUCUUGGGUUGAGUUUGUUUACACAUGUCGGUUCAUUGGUGGGGAGCUCUUUGCGACAGCAUAGGCAGAUGUGUUCUUCAGGAAAUUUGAUGGUUCAGGAAGCAUUCGGUCGCCUCAACAAGUUUGCCAGAGCUUUCUGCUACUGGCUUUAUAGAGCGUAUAAUACCAAGAAUUUACGUAGGCUGAUUAGUACGGAAGGCCCUAGCUCUAGAGCUUGCCAAUCACAUAUCAAUCAAGUGAACUCCCGUUUGCAAAAUUUGGCUGUAUUGCAGUUUGGCUCUCUAGUAAGAGAAGAGCAUGCUGUACAACUGCUUUUAGCUAACUUUGCAAGCACAACGCUUGGGCGAUUCUGGAAUGAUUUUCAGCAGCAACAUGCCUGCAAUUUUCUUACUCUGGCUGGGACCAUGGCAAUCGUGCCACCUCUUGAAAAUAUAUCACUGAAGAUGCUUGCAGAGUCGAUGGCACUGGGAAAUAUUAAGGACUAUCUGAGCAGGCCUAUGGAUCAGCCUUAUCUGGAGGGAAAGUGCUUAAAAAGUAGAUCCGUUGCAGUGCCAAGCACAAUAUUUCAAGAAGAUGCAAUUGAACCAAAAACUGGAAUCAAGUUUCCUGCAUUUCUUGAAGAUGACUCCAGUCCAUCUACAACGGUCCUUGUUGGGAUGGGUUUCAAAGGUGUGAAAGUAAUGAGGGUCAAAAAUUUGGAUCUGUAUGCUUUUGGUUUAUAUCUACAACCAAAUACAAUUUCUGAGAAGUUGGGUCCUAAGUAUGCUUCGGUUCCAACCAUCAGACUGAAGGACCAUCCAGAGUUCUAUGAUGACCUUCUGAGGGAAAACCUUCCUAUGAGAGUCAGAUUGGUACUUCACUACAACGGCCUUAGCAUUGGUGCAGUGCGAGAUGUAUUUGAGAAGUCACUUGGCCUGCGCUUGCAGAAGAUGAAUCCUAACACUGAUUAUCGUUGCUUGAAGACAUUUGGUUCAUACUUCAAAGAAGACAUUCCUAUUCCUGCGGGUACAAAGAUCGACUUCUGCCAAACUUCUGAUGGCCAGCUAAUUACAGAAAUUGAUGGCCGACAAAUUGGUGCUGUUAAGAGCAAAGACCUUUGCAGGGCUCUGUUCGGCAUGUACAUUGGCGAUUCACCAGUGUCACUGGAAGCCAAAAAAGAUAUUGCCCAAAACGUGGCUGGGCUCAUGGGAAAAUGAUGAAAAAUAUCGAAAGCAUAGUGCAGCUAGUCGGCGAAUUGUUUCAUUCUUCUAUACAGUAAGAAGAGGAAGCUGACAUUCAGGAAAUUAGGCGAGGAUCAUAGUAUGUAUAUACAUUGAGUGAUCUGUAAAAUGUAAAGAGAGAAAAAAAUACAAAAUCGUAAUGUACAUAUGGAGGAUCAGCAUCUGCCUACGGCGCAAGGGCACCCAUUCCUUUUUUUUUUCUGUGGAUGGAUGGACCCUUUGCCAUUUCAUACACGAGUCACAAGUCAAGUUGUAAUACAUGAGGAAGUCAGAUGCCUCUUCCAUGAGUAUAAUAUAAGAUCUUAAAUCUUUUUGCCGA